GCCUUUGUCAAGUCGCACGGCGCGGUCUCCAAGCACGUCAACCUCCGCCGUUGGUUCAACCAGCUCCAGCACACGGUCGGCAUCCGCGGCUUUGAGACGAUGCCCAUCAUUGACGUCGCCGUGCACCAGCACUUGCUCAUGGUCCACACGACGACGACGACCGCCGACAAGAAGGCACCGGCUGCCGCUGCUGACAAGACGGCGCCGGUGGCUGAUAAGGCUGCUCCCGCCAACAAGGCCAAGCCGGACGCCAAGACGGAGGGCAAGGCCAAGAAGGACGAAAAGCCCAAGAAGGAAAAGAAGGCGGCGGCGCCUGCACCGGUCGCCGACGCGCAGCCCGACAUUACCAAGCUCGACAUCCGCGUCGGCAAGAUCGUCAAGGUCUGGAAGCACGAGACGGCAGACAAGCUCUACUGCGAAGAGAUCGACGUCGGCGAGGACGCGCCGCGCCAGAUUGCCAGCGGCCUCGUCAAGCACUACUCGCUCGAGCAAAUGGAAGGUCGCAUGUGCCUCGUCAUGUGCAACCUCAAGCCGCGAGCGCUCGUCGGCUUCAAGUCGCACGGCAUGGUGCUCUGCGCCCCGCCGGCCGCCGCCAAGCCCGGUGAGCGCAUCGUGUACGAAGGCUUGACGGGCGAGCCGUUGAGCCCGGCACAGGUCGAGAAGCAAAAGGUGCUCGUCGCCGCCGGCGAGGGCCUUAAGUCGGACGCCCACGGCAUUGCAAUGUGGAAGGACCACAAGUUUAUGACGAGCGCCGGGCCGUGCUCGUCGCCGAGCAUCACCAACGGCAUCUUGAGAUAA